GUCAUAAAGAUUUUUUAAUUGCCUACAGGAUUGACUGGCCGCUACCUAAUUAAGGGAAUACACUUUAUUGCAGGUGUGUGUUGUUUCAGAGCAGCAUGGCUGUGGUCAUCCGCUUGCAAGGUCUGCCUAUAGUGGCUGGGACCAUGGACAUUCGGCACUUCUUCUCUGGACUGACCAUUCCUGAUGGUGGCGUACAUAUUGUAGGGGGUGAACAGGGUGAGGCUUUCAUCGUAUUUGCCACCGAUGAAGAUGCACGACUUGGUAUGAUGCGCACAGGUGGUACAAUCAAAGGGUCAAAAGUCUCACUAUUGCUAAGCAGUAAGACUGAAAUGCAGAACAUGAUUGAACUUAGUCGUAGGCGUUUUGAAACUGCAAAUAUUGAUAUACCACCUGCAAAUUCUAAUCGGCCAGGACCACCACCAAAUCCAACAAUAAGCAGUAGUUCUGUGAUGAGCCGGGUCAGUUUGCCAACAACUGUACCUAAUUUUAGUAGCCCUCCUACUAGCACAGUCUCUGCAGUUACUUCUGUAGUUGAUAGCAGUAAGAAUGUUGCAACUUUUUCUACAGCCAAUAUUGGAAAUGCUCCACCAAACCUAGGUGCAGCCUUCUGCAGUCCCUCCUUUUCUUCUAAUAUGCCCACUGUAACCCCACAACUGCCUACUGUACCUCCACCUCCAAUGCCGCCAAUGCCAACAAUGCAGACACUACCACCCAUGCCUGCCAUACCCCCUAUGCCUGUACACCCUCCUGUUACUGCAUUGCCUCCAGUUCCACCUGUUCCUCCAAUACCCCCUGUUCCUCCAGUGCCCCCAAUGACUCCUCUUCCUCCAAUGUCUGGAAUGCCACCCAUGAACCCACCACCUGUAGGGCCAUUGCCUGCAGGGAUAAAUGGCUCUGGUGUACAAAUGAACAGUAGUAUGAACCCACUGUUCCUUGGCCCUGUAAAUCCAAUGCCAUUAAACUCUCAAAAUACAAUGAAACCACCACCUCCACUUAACCAUGAUGAUCCAUAUGUAUCUCUUCAUGGGUUGCCUCAUCCUGUGUCAGAUGGUGACAUUAAGGAGUUUUUCCAUGGUUUACGUAUAGAUGGUGUACUUAUUGUGAAAGAUCCCAUUGGUCGUCCCACAGGUAGUGCACUUGUAAAGCUUCUUACUCCCCAUGACACAUUUGAAGCCUUGAAACGGAAUAGAAUGCUGAUGGGACAGCGAUUUGUUGAAGUUACCCCGGCAACUGAGAGACAGUGGAUAGUGUCUGGUGGCCACAUGCUAAAACACAACAUAGGGCACCAUGGCCCCCCUCAUUUGAUGCAGCAGCCAAUGCCCAGGUCCAAAUCGCCUAACACACAGCCACGUCCCAGGUCUAGAUCUCCACAUGAACAUGGGUUCUGCAUUUAUUUGAAAGGGCUUCCCUACGAGGCAGAAAACAAACAUGUCAUAGAUUUCUUUAAAAAACUGGACAUUAUUGAAGACAGUAUCUACAUUGCUUAUGGACCCAAUGGAAAAGCAACUGGUGAAGGUUUUCUGGAAUUAAGAAAUGAGGUAGAUUAUAAAACUGCGUUGAACCGCCAUAAGCAGUAUAUGGGUAAUCGUUUUAUUCAAGUUCACCCUAUCUCAAAGAAUGAAAUGCUAGUAAAGAUAGACAUGAUUAGAAAGAAAUUACAGGGUUUUAAUUACAUUGAUCACAAAGAUUCAUCACUAGACAUGGAGCUAGAGCAUGCACCAAGACUCUGGGGACAUCUCUCAAAUUUGCCAUAUAACAUAUCUAGGAAAGAUGUUUUUCAGUUCUUUCAUUUAGAAGGAGUUGCAGUUGAGGAGGGCAGUGUGCAUGUCUUGGCAGAUAACAAUGGGCAAGGCAUAGGACAGGCACUUGUUCAAUACAGGAGUGAAGAUGAUGCUCGUAAAUCAGAGCGCUUAAACCGCAAAAAGCUUAAUGGGAGAGAUGCCUUUUUGCGUGUAGUAAAUAAUGAAGAGAGGAAAGAAAUUGAGAUCAAUCCUCCCAUGCCCGGUAGGAAGGGAUUCAAAAUGCAAAAUUAUGGGAACUCCCCAUCUGAGGCAAUCCGAUCCAGUGGAGAUGAAUUUUGCUUCAUGAGCAGUAAUAUGAAAGAAAACAAUGGUCAAAACUUCCCUUUCCCUGGUAAAUUUAGUGGGCCAAAUAAUACCUUUGUACCCCCUGUUCCACCCCCAGCAUUGGGUAGCGGAUUUGUAGAUCCCAGACCACCACCACCUGGAGCGAAUGUACAAAACUCACCAAUUGAUUCCCAAGGAUUUGCCAGUGGUCCGAAUAAUUUUAAUGCCCCUCCCUCUGGUUUUGGAAGUGGGCCGCCACCUUUUGGAAAUGGACCAGCAAAUUCAAAUGCACCCCCUAGCUUUAACCCAGCCCCACCAAACAUAACAAGUGGCCCUGGUGUUCUAAGUGCCCCUCCAGGGUUUGGACCAGGAAAUAUACAAAUGGGUGGACCGCCAGGUUUUGGCAGUGGGUCUGGGAAAGCGGGUCCAACUGUAAUUAGGGUGCAAAAUAUGCCCUUUACAGUUUCUGUAGAUGAAAUACUAGAUUUCUUUUAUGGUUACCAGUUGAUACCUGGUUCUGUGUGUUUAAAGUAUAGUGAAAAGGGUAUGCCUACAGGGGAGGCCAUGGUUGCAUUUGAGUCCCGUGACGAGGCAAUGGCAGCUGUGGUUGAUUUAAAUGACAGACCAAUAGGCUCAAGGAAAGUUAAGCUUGUUUUAGGUUAGUUUGUCCCCAGUUUUGUUUAUGAUUAGCUUGUCUUUUGUACUGUGACUGACCUAGGCAUACUUUAGUUUACAGGAGAAAGCUGCUUUAAACUGUAUAUAUGUUUUGCUACAUGCUGACUUGGGUACAUUAUAUAACUAUUAACAGAUAACAAAAUCACUGCAGUAAUUGUGGUAGUUUUUCGUAUAUAAACUCACAGUUUUAGGCAAGGUUUGGUUGAGUGAAAACCUAGCAAAGCAACAAUUAUAGUUUUCUUUUGAACAGUGUUAAUUCAAAAAGGGCACAGUUUCAACUCUAUUGGUUGCUGUACAUUAUUGGAAUGAAGAAGUAAUCUUGGUAUGCUUCAAAGCUUAGAAAGUCUGUAUGGUGAUCAAAAUCUAUAUUCAAAUAUCCAUGCAAUAAUGUUUAUUACCAAAAGUCUACCUAAAAUGCACUGCAAAUCAGGUUUUUGUAUGAUGGAACUGUUGCCUGUGUUUUUAUUACUUUUUGUGUGUAUUUUCUUGCUUGUACAAUAUACGGAAUAUAAAUUUUGCCAUCAGUAUAAAUUCACAAUACAAUUUUUGUACUGUUCCUUUGAUGGACAUUCUUCCUAAAUUUCUGAAGACUGAUAUAAUAUGUAAGUACUCCCCCAGUUGUGGUCACUGGUGACUACGUUUGCUGUCUUGUAUGUUUGAACCCGAUUAUCUGCUCUCCCAGUUGCCUUAAAUUUAUUGCAACUGGAUUUUGAACUCUUGCUUAGUUUACCUCCUUAAUGUGCUGCUUUUAAAAUGUGCAUUUUUGGUUACAUGUAUACAUUGAGCUGAUGGCAAAACUUCUAUUCCCAUGGUUUGCAGAAUUAAACUCUAUCAUUUGUAUAUAUUUUGGGAGUGAUAGAGACAACAGGUUUGAACCUGAUUUUGUUUUAUUUACAAUUGAGAAGAUAGUACAAAGCUGAAAGAAGAGUUGGUUUCUCUGCAGGUUUUCUUUUGUUCUCCCUUUUUAUGCAACUCGUGUGAUGCUUUCAACAGAUCACGUGGAUGUGCUACCCCAAGCUUUGACAUCUGAAUGCUGACUGUACAUACUGUUAUAUUGUUUUCUGUUAAUAAAAUAACUGCCAAUGUCAAGAUCUGCAACAUGAUUUUUCAGACUGUUUUGUGCUAUAUAAUUGGCCUACUUUUGUGCUGGGUGUUAAGACCAGGUUUGACUUUCUGGAAAUUGCUUAAGCAAAAUGAUGAUUUAUACAGUUAUUAGACCCGGUACAUAGAUCUUUCUAUUCUCCAUGACUUAAGCUUUUUUUUUUUCUCUUUAUUUAAAAAAAAAAAAAGGUGCAGAUUGUGUGCAUUUUAUGGUUUGCCUUAAUGUUUACAAACAAAUCUGCUUUCACAUGUCUGGUUUAUUUUACUCAAAAUUCUAUACCCUGUUCAUAAUCCUUGCUAUUACAACUAUUAAUGUUUAAUAUAUUUGAGCCAUACCAAAUUGCAUGUGUGGAAAUGAACACAUGUACAAAUGUUUUCAGUUCAUUUUGUCUUAUUUGAUACAUUUCUACAAAUGUAAUUCUCCAGCUAUUUUAGUUAAGUAAUUUUCACUUACAAUGUGGCUGAAAAUGUAUUUGCAAAGACAGUCUUACUGGUUUAUAUUGGAUGUCAAGUAACAUAUUGUGGAUUCUGUAAAUACAAAACAUGAAAAUAAAGUGUUAUUUCUUUGGC